CUGUGAGAUCACUUUGCCACCGUGCUGACAGGAGCUACUUACUGCCUACACAGCAUCUUUACUGCAUCAGAGGGACUAAAACUGUCUCCAUGUCUUCAGACCAGGACUGCCACCUGUGUAAGGAAUACCUCCGGGAUCCCGUGUCCAUCCCCUGUGGUCACAGCUUUUGUUCAGUUUGCCUGAAGACCUACUGGGAUCAUGCUGACCACACGGGCUCAUACCUGUGCCCACAAUGCAGGGUCACCUACAACAAGAGGCCCAACCCGAGACGCAUGGGAGGCUCCCGGCACUCCACCCUUCAACGCAACGCCGAAUCCUUUCCGCCUCCACCUCCAUCCCCUGACUACAACUAUGCAGGACCCCAGGAUGUAGGAUGUGACAUCUGCAUCGGAAAGAAGCACAAAGCCGUCAAAACCUGCCUGAUGUGUUUGGCCUCCUACUGCGAGAAGCAUCUGAAGCCCCAUUACGAGUCAAACACUUUUAAAAGGCACAAGCUGGUGGAUGAACUCGGCCACCUGGACCGACAGAUCUGUCCUCAGCAUCAGAAGGGUCUGGAGCUGUUCUGCCGCACCGACCAGAUGUGUAUCUGUGUGCUGUGUACGGUGAAAGAGCACAAAGGUCACGACAUGGUGUCAGCUGAGCAGGAGAGGGCGGAUGAGCAGCAACGUCUGGGCGCCACCCAGGCCGAGAUCCAGGAGAAGAUUCAUGACCGCCUCAAGCAGAUGGAGGAACUAAAACAAGCAGUGGACUCACUCAAGACCUCGGCCCACUCGGCACUGCAGGAUUGCGAGAAGAUGUUUGGCGACAUGCUGCGCUCCAUCGAGAGGAUGCAGCAAGAGAUGGCCAAGCUGAUCUCCUCCAACAAGAGAUCGGCGCUCAACAAUGCAGAGAGCCACAUGGAGCGUCUCAACCAUGAAAUCGCUGAUCUGAGGAGGAGAGACAACGAGAUCACCCAGCUGUCCCGCACCGAGGACCACAUCCACUUCAUCCAGAGUUACCACAUGCUGAUAGCCCAGACAGAGGCGGAGGAGCUGCCUACAGUGAGCGUCAACCCCUAUUUCUCCUUCGGCCCGGUAACUAAGGCCGUCUCUGAGAUGAAACAGCACCUGAAUGAAUUUGGCAACGAUGAACUGGUUAAGGUUGCCAAGGCAGUUAACAAAAUGACCUUCUGUCAACUGGAUGAUUCCAAAAAGAGACGGUCGAUAAAAAAUGAAGAACAAACCGUGUACAAGCCUCUACCAGUCCAGGAGCCUCAGUACAGGGACGAUUUCCUGAAAUAUGCUUGCGAGCUCACCCUGGACUCAAACACAGCCUACAGACAGCUCUACUUGUCCCGAGGAAACAGGAAAGCUGCCCUCAAGAGAGACCCCCAGAACUACGCUGACCACCCUGCCAGAUUCGACUCCUUGCCCCAAGUCCUGUGUAAGGAGGCUCUCGCUGGAGGAGCUUACUACUGGGAGGUCGACUGGAGUGGCGAGGGGGCUGCUAUCGGAGUCACCUACAAAGGCAUCAAGAGGACGGGCUACGGAGACAGCUGCCGCAUCGGCUACAAUCGCAAGUCCUGGAGCCUCUUCUGCUCCGAUUCCAGCUACUCUGCACGCCACAGCAAAGACCAGAUAGAGAUCAACGCGCCCUACUCGUCACGCAUCGGGGUGUUCCUGGACCACGUCGGGGGUACGCUGUCUUUCUACACCGUAGGGGAAACCAUGUCUCUCAUCCACCGCUUUAAGGCCAACUUCAGCGAGGCGGUCUACCCAGGCUUCUGGGUUUGGUAUGAAUCUGCCAUCACCCUCAUCCAGUAAUUACACAUGAUAACCAAUGAUCAAUGUACAACUGUGAUUCAGUUUGUUUGAAAUUACAGAACAAAAACAUGAGUACUACUUCCUACUAAUUUUACAAUAUUGAGAAUUUUUUAAGACUGUGUUGAGUAUUAGAGGAGCUGUUCUUAAUGACUGUGAAUAUUCUGCAAAUCAACAUGUGUAAAAUAGAAAAUCAGGUGUACACAACAAAUGAAUUUAAUUUAUAAUUACAAAUAAUGAAGGCUGUUCUUGAUUGAGAUAUGUCACAUGAUCAUGUAUACUGAUGUGAUACUUAUUUUUAUCAAUAAACAUUUUAUAUAAAGGACAAA